GCGGCGGGAGCCGUUCCCCGACGGCAGCCGGGCGCUCGGCCGCCGUGUCUGGGCUGAGCGCCGCGACGCCGCGCCGGAAACCCUCCCGGGUCUUGAGGCGUAUGGAACCUCAAGGUCUUUAUGACAAUGGAAACCAAAAAAUUGAUUGGGAAACCGCUUCAACCUGCAAGACCUGUUCGUCAUCUCUCUUCUCCUCCAGGACCAGUGUUCCCUUUCAACUUUCAGAAUGAGUAUCCAUGCAACACUCAGUGCUUACAGAGUGGAGUUGGCAGAUGUAAGACGAAUGGAAUGCAAGCCUUUUCUCAAGGUCUUAAUGAGCAACAACAACACCAGUCUCCAGUUAAAAAAGAGAGAAUUAAAUACAGCAGAGAUUUCUUGUUGAAGCUUUCAAGUGUUUCCAUCUGCAGAAAAAAACCAGACUUUCUGCCUGAUCAUCCCAUUGUACUUCAAAAACCAGAAAACAACCAAAGCUUUAAGUAGCAUUUUAAGAACAGAUGAAUUUGAAGAUAAAGAAUUAUUCAUUUUAUAUUUUGGACACCUGCAAAUGAAGUGGAC